AUGGGACGUGAGGAGCAUGGAAGGACUUGGUGCAUGGACGCAGCUCAACUGGAUACGCAAAGGAAGAAGGAGGAAGCCAUCUUGAAGACCAGCUCGACCACUACUCGACCAACCGGUCGAGUUCCUCAACUCGACCGGCCAAGCUUCAACUCGAUCGAGCUGAGAAGCGAUUCUCCACAUGGAAGUGAUGGAAAUCGUGGAAAAGGUCCACUAAGAGCUCCAAUAACUCUUGCUCUCGAAAUGGAGUCAUAUGGCCUCCUAAGGCUUGAUUCUCACUGGCUAACCCCCUGUUUCUGA